AUGCGCUCAGUAGUCAGGAAUCCACAAAAUCCUGCCCUCCUAACUACUGUAUCUGCGCAUUUAGCCUCUCCUGAAAUUUUCUUCCCUACCUUCUGUGAAACGAAACCCAUUCAAACAUCCUUACCGCCACCAUCUAAACUUCCUUCCAUUCUUUCAAUUGCUCAACUUCAACUUGAUUCCACCAGUUCUCUUCUCUCUCAACUACUGCUUGAUCUGGAACAUCACGUUGCCAACCUGGUACACCUGGAGUCACACCAGCACCAGCUUCUCCAACUUUAUUCGACACAGCCAAAUAAUCCAACUCUCGAUGACGAACUGACAAGGCUUCGUAAUGAGUGGAAUGCAUGCGUCGUCCGUUGUGUCGACCUGGAAUACUGUAUAGACAUCGCCGUCGCCACUCUGAAGCACUCUCUUGAUCUCGCUAUCCUUCUUACUCCUCUCUUUUCCUCCUCUGAGGAGCUUUCUAUGUGCGAUCGCGGUGGAAUGGAGGAACUCGAGGCAACUGUGGAUGAGCUGCUUCGAUUGCGCGAUACUUGGAUCCUUAAAAACACUCGACUAUCUUUUGAAAAUCUUACUGAAGAUCCUGAGAAAGUCUUUUCCCUGGAAAGCGACUUAAUCUCCCUUAUCCGCGAAGUUGUGCAGAUAUCAGAAGAAAAAGCCGAGAAGAUGGCCACUCGGGUCUCCCACGUCCUCGAUCUCGUCGCUAAAGUCCUACACAGCCACGAUCUUUCAACUGCUCAAAAGGCUCGAACGCUUCUCUUAAAGGGGAAAGCUCUCACUUUGACAGUUCCAUUCGCUCAGGACACAGAAGAGGUGAAGUCUACACUUAGAAAAGCCAUUAAACUGGAUUCUAAUCUUUCUGAUGCCUGGUGUGAACUAGGUGAGUACGAAUGGAUGACCAGUGGACCAGAAAGUGCUCUCCCACUACUUCAAACAGCUUUCAAACUAGACCUACCGAAGGAAACCAUUGUACGUCAAAACUUCCUGACGUCCGCAGAAUUCUCGAACUUCGUGGAAGGUUGUGAUGAUGGUGGAGUCGCGGUGUCGCUGCGCUUCGCUCACGCUGCUGUACGGGAGCGGCCGGACUCUGGUCAGGCCUGGGAGUGCCUUGGCAACGCUUUAUUUACGGCAUCCUUGGUAGAUGCGGAGGGUGGAGGAUUUCUCAGUCGAUCUCUGGUGGCGUUCGCACAGGCGGCAAAGUACCCCGAGGUUGUCGGGCAACCUCACUUCCACUUUAAUCGAGCUGCGGCAAUGCACUAUGCGGACAAUUUCUCAGGGGCUCUAGCCCACUGGUUUAGAGCUGCUCUUCUGGAUCCCGCCUGGCCUGCGCCACGUAUCAAUGCAAUUCGCUGUCUUAACGCCCUUAGGAAGAUGCAUACAGCCGUCCACGCCACUGGAACCAAUACCACAACUAAGACAACUCGAAAACGCGUUGCUUCUUUGAUCUCCACUCUCUCGCCUUCCACCAAUUCCAUGAAUCGUCUCCUGGGUCCCUACCACAGUCUUCGCUAUCAGACUUUUGCAGAGCUGGCCGAGGGUUCCAACCCGGGUGUGGUAUGUUGUGGUGGAAUUGUGGCUUCCUUACCAGCUGACAGCGAGCUCACACUGAAUUUACUGUUGGUGGAUGCUAAGGGCGCCUUCUUGGUCUUACGGAUAUUCCAGAUUGGAAAGGGCUCAGGUCCCUCUACAAAAGACGUGAUAGCAAUCCCCGACCCCAUCGUCGAACACUGUACGGUCUCCACAGGUCUUAUUCACCUUCUUCAUGCCUUCGACGCAUGUGUUCGUGCUGAAGGCGCUGAAUCAGCCGAGGAGGAGGAUGAUGAAUUUGGAGGGAGAGACACCAAGAUCAAAGAACUUGAUCAAUUGGAGUCUCUGGAUUUCCUCAUUCUGCGAGUCUCCUCGCCUCAGAUCCUCUGUGUUAACGGCAGUCGUGUUGGACGUGCAUGGACCGCGGCGGCUGUUCCCAAAAAUGUCUUUUUUGCCUCCACGUAG